AUGGCCCAGUCCCUGUGCCCACAGCUCUCCGAGUCCUGGGUACUGCCCGCGUGCUGGGGCGCAGCUCAGCCGCCUCCGCCUUCCGACACCGGCUGCAGCUGCUCCCCCGCCUCGUCCCCGAACUCCUGGGGCAGCGCCGCGGUCUGCAGCCCCGUGCCGAGCCGCGGGCGGCCCGGCGCCCACGCAGCCCCUCGCGCCAGGAGGCGCGGCGCCCGGAGCAGCCGCCUGGGCGUCGGGCAGCGGCAGAGCGCCAGCGAGCGAGAGAAGCUGCGCAUGCGCACGCUCGCCCGCGCCCUGCACGAGCUGCGCCGCUUCCUGCCGCCGUCCGUGGCGCCCGCCGGCCAGAGCCUGACCAAGAUCGAGACGCUGCGCCUGGCCAUCCGCUACAUCGGCCACCUGUCGGCCGUGCUGGGCCUCAGCGAGGAGAGCCUGCGGUGCCGACGACGCGGCGACGCGGUGGUCCCUCGGGGCUGCCCGCUCUGCCUCGACUGCGGCCCUGCGCAGGCGCAGGCGCGCGGGCCGGGCUCCAGCUCAGCAGUCCCCGCCGCGGGGGCCUGGGGGUCCCCGCCCGCCUGUCCCGGAGCCCCAGCGGUGCCCGCGCCGGUGCUUUACGACGAGGCGGCGUGCCCAGAAGCGUUGGCGUCGGGGCUGGACCCCUCGUCUCCGCUCUUUCCCGGCCACGUGCUGCCCCAGCUGGACACCUGGAUGCCCCUUUCGCCCCUGGAGUGGCCACUGGCCUGAAUAGUUGAAGUGACGCCUGACGAACAAGGAGUGCCUGGUCUGUGAGCACUGUGGCCUUGUUGGCCUCAGCACCUUGGAAGGGGUUCCUCUGAGACCCCCUGCCGUGGCCGGGGGCACCGAGCUAACCUGACUUGGGCAUCCCCUCGGGUGAGAACCUGUCCCCGCAGGACAACCCACCCCAGCCCCUCUCGCCGUGGGACCCACAGAGCAGACACUUUGAGGCAGUCAGGAAGCUCUGUUUAGUAUGUAUUUAUUUAUUUGUGAAUAAACUGCUGUUGUCGAUUGGCAAGUUCUUUUUUGCGGCGACGUGAAGCGCUCUCCCUCUCCUCCAGAGGAGGUUGUAGGGGAGUUAGGAGGGCUUCUUGCAGUCUGCAGCCCCCGGAGCACGCCGCCUGGUUUCGCUUUGCCCCCAGGUUCCACCUCGCCCCCCCAGCACCUCCUGUUCAGCCUGGAACCAGAAGGCGCUUCACUGGGGAAAGUGGCAGAAAAUGGAGACUGUCUCUCUUCUUUGAACCUGUUGUGGGGCUGGAAAAAAAUCAGAGUAUCUCCAGAAAGUACAUCUCCAUCAGUACUUAUUGUAUCAGAUCCUUUACAUACUUUAUACCCAAAUAACCAUGUUGCAGAAGCCUAAACCCAGGACCAACACUCCAGCCCUGGUAGGAUUCAUCAGCUCCAUUCAUUCUGAGGUGGAGGAGGCACUACCACCUCCAAGGGGCCGUUUCUCUGUCCCGAGUCCCGGUUCCCUUGCGCUGGUGCAUCCUGGCCUGGACCCUGGGGCUGUCCCGUCUCCCUUCCCUCAGGGUUCCCUCCCAGGUGGUUUAGGAACAUAAAAUAUCGUCAGUGCCACAGUCCUGAGUUUACAGAAAUGUGACCUCCCAGAGGCCCAGGGGAAGUGACAGACCCCUCGGGCUGCACCCAAGUCCCUAUUGUUGACCUAGAACCAGGCCCAGCUGCACACUCCUCUCUACACUGGCUGGGCUCAGAUUAGGGGAGGGAUGUGUGGGGAGAGGGGCCUUAAGCCCAGGAACCUGACUUGGGUUUGGGGGGCCAUGGUGAGCAGCUGGGCCUGGUGGGUGAGGUGGGCAAGGGGGCAUAUUCUUUCUCUCCAAGGGUUGUCAGCCUCUGGGGCUGCCUAGUUCUGCCCCCCAACCCCCCUGGGCUGCUUUGAAACACAGGCCUUGUUUGUAUUUUUUCUGUUUUGUUUUAAUAAGUUUAUGGAGAUAAAAUUUACAGCCUUUUAAAGUAUAUUUGCAUGGUUUUCUUUUUUUUUAAAGAUUUUAUUUAUCUUUAGAGGGGACAGGAAGGAGAGAGGGAGAGAAAUAUCAAUGUGUGGUUGCCUCUCAUGCGUCCCCUGCUGGGAACUGGCCUGCAACCCAGGCAUGUGCUCUGACUGGGAAUCAAACCACGACCCCUUAGUUUGCAGGCCCGCACUCAAUCCACUGAGCUACACCAGCCAGGGCUGCAUGAUUUUCAUAGGCUCGUACAGUCAUGCAAGCAUCACCACUCAUUUUAGAACAUUUUUGUCACCUCCCAAAAGGAAACCCUCUGAAACUUAAUAUAAUCUAAUGAAGCAACGUUACCCCAGUAAAUUCAGAGGAAACCAUUUCCAUUAGCAGUCACUCCCCACUGUUCUACUCCUGCACCCCCAACCCCAGCUCACUAUCCUAUUUGCUGGCUAUGCAUUUGCCUGUUACGAAUAUUUCAUGUGAAGAGAUCAUACCAUAUAUAUGGGGCCUUUUGUGUUUGUUUUUUUC